AUGUCAAAAUUUAUCGAUAACACUGCGCAUUUCACAGCGAAUCCAUUGACAAAGAUAAUUUCAUACUUUAAAAAGUGUUGCGCUUUCUACAAUUUCGACAUGUCACAAGGAACGCUUGCUGAAGAUGCUGAUUUACAGUCUAUACUUGAACCUUUAGAAAAUCUAUUCACUUCUCUAACUUUUUAUGCUCAAAAUAACGCCGUCCCAUCCUCCAUCAACGAAGACAUGGAUAUUCGCCUCACUUCUAUUACCCAAAGACUCACUCUACAUAGCAUUCAACUGACUUCUUUCAUACCACUAAUCAAUUCCAUAAUAUCUAAUGCUACAGAUAUUGAAGUUUGGAAUGAUGUGACCGAACUUGUCGACACCCACGAGCCUAUGCAAUCGCCUGAGACGAAUGUUCCUUCGGCAAAACAAGGUGAUGCGCGUCACAGGCGGUGUACGGCCCCAUACGAAGGAGCCGACCAGAUCAUGGAUACUUUGAAAGGAGCGCUUCGUACUGAGCUGGCCGGUACCAUUUUCGAAAAUGUCGGUGGGUUUUAUGCGAAGUAUUUUGAAGGGACAACAUGGGCAGGCCAGUGUAAGGAGAUCGCAAAGCGCUACGAGAAUAGGCCAGACAAAUCGACGUUCAAGUUUCCCAAAGACCCAACAGAGAAGAAUGUCUGGCAAUGGAUAAAGGCGGUCCAAGCUGAGUUCAUCGAGCCGUACAAACCCGAUGAAUCUUGUGAAAGUAAGGACAACUUUCCCCUUCGAGCCGAUGCAUUCCACACGACGGGACCCGGACAGAUCGACGGAGGACUAGCAAUACGACAGAUUGAUAUCUUCAUCAAGAGUCGAGAAAAGGCUGCCAAAGCUCAUGAUUGGCGGGAUAUCCUUGUUCUGGGAGAGCUGACUGAGCUUUCUUCUGCACAGUGGGUCGACAAGUUUCUCCAGCUCUCGGUCUACAUGCGGGAGAUAUUUUCGGCCCAGCCACUGCGGCAAUUUGCACACGGGUUUCUCAUGUUUGGAACGCAACUGCAGUUGUGGAUCUCGUGGAGAGCAGUCGGCCGACUGUCUGAAGUUGAACUCUUGAUGAGAGCACGCAACGUGAGGGGAGUGGCAACACUGAUUGGAUCGCGGAACUACGUCAAGAUCAGCGACCUUCGAAGUGGGCUUACUUUUACGGAAGAGAUGAACAAAGACAUCCAUCCUCUAGAGAUGAAGAUGACGACGGCUGGCAACUCGUUACAAUCGGGAUCGUCGAAUCCGGAUGGAAACGUCGAGUUUAGCAAGGGCGUCAAGCGUGAAAGCGAGUCGGUUGCUGGUGGAGCCAACAAAGAAUUACGGAGAAGUAAAAGAUCGUGUGUCUUGAGUAUUUCGAGGCAAGCCCUUCACAAUGCCUCAAAGGCGCGUGUGCGCAAAAAUGGAAAGUCGACUAGCACCCGGAAGAAACCUGUGUCGAAAACCAUUCUUAAUCCUGCGACAACUAACGCCAAUCCUGUGACGCAAGAUGCGACUUCCGAAACGUCAUCGGUAUCAAUAAGUUUACGUUCGAACUCGUCUCUGGGCAAACGACCCAGGAAUGCAGAUGAGAGUGAUGCUGAAGUCCAGACGGUAUCGGAGCCUGAUCUUAAGAGACUUUGCAUUUCGAGCAAUGUCGGGGAGUCUUUGUCGGAAGCCGUAGCUGAAGCUGUGUCCAAUCAGGUCACUAACGAUCCAAGUGCUCCAGCUGAACAGGCCGUUGAUAAUGCCGAAUCGGUUCCUGCAGUCAGUAAGGCAGAUGUCAUUAUGGCAGACGACUCAAUGAUCUAUCGGAAUCGUUGGGAAACAGUCAUUGCCGCCAAACCCUUCGGUCGAGCCAUUGAUGAAAAGACAACACCCAUGGAACUGAUCUGCGGCCUACGAGAUGCGAUUAAGGGUCAUCAAUCAUUGUAUAUGGAGACUAAGAUAUUGCACCGCGAUAUUUCGAUGAACAAUAUCAUACUCACCGAUCCGAAACGCAAUGAUGGAUGUCAUGGGGUGUUGAUAGACUUGGACUUGGCAAUAUCGCUAACGGAUGACGACUGUUCCGAAAGCUCGAAAACGUUAACUGGCACAAUGGAGUUUAUGGCUGUUGGACUCUUGUAUCAGUACGCAUAUGAAACCAAGAAUGGGUGUUACAAUACUUAUCGACAUGAUUUGGAGUCAUUUUUCUUUGUCUUUAUAUCAGUCUGCAUACGAUUUGGGUGGGGGUCGAAAAUAUCACCGCAUCUCGGCAUGUUGAGAAAAUGGUACAAAGGCUUUAAAUCGAAUACGCUUGAUGUGUUCUCACCAAAAUUCGCAUGCUUGAAAGGACUAGCCUCGACGCUACAGAAGAUCUUGUUCGAAAGAAAGAAUGCCCUGUGGUUAGAGACAGACCCAUGUCCGCAUAACCUAUACAAUGCGAUUCUGAAGGCUUUCGACGAUGUAAUCAUGAAGUUGAAAUGUGAGUCACAAUCUUUUGAAUGA